AUGUCCAUUACAUGGGCUCAAUUGCUCAAAAGGGUCGUAUUCAAUGUACUCGUCAGUGUUGAGGUUGAAAUAUCCAAACCCUGUAGAAAACCAAUAACACUCCUCCUUGCUAUCGUCCAUCCAUCGCUCUCGGAUUUCUUUACGCCAGCUAUCUCCUUCAAACGCAAAGAAGAAAGUUGCCAAGGCCAACAGUUGUUUCUUCCUCCAUUCUGGCAAGUUGGUGAUGUUCCGGUGGUUGGAGAGCCACAUGAGUGCUUGAGAUUGGGGUGUACUGAAAUUUCUCAGGCUUUCCAAAGUAUAGUUGGGAAGAUCUUCCAUUAG